AUGGCCAGACCGCCAAAAAGUCGAUGGAGCAUCAAGUGGUCGGACACACACAUCUUCAAAGCAGAGCAAGAAGGUGACAGCAUCUCGCCGAGUUGUGUCGAGGACUGGUGUCGCACGCUGGACUCGCAGCUAGAAGAACGGUUUGGGCCAACUGUGCCUGCGAAGCUGUCCGCUGCAAGCCUGAACUUCUCUCGAUGCAGCCUGGAUGACGCAGCCCUGACGAAGUUGCUGACCUACCUCUACAGCCGCGACAUAACCGUUCAGAUCCUGAAGCUCUUCAGGAACAACAUCACGGACUCCGGAGCCUGGGCUGUCGGCCAGUUCAUGGCGCACAGCUCCCAGGCAGUGCAUGAAGUGCACCUUAGCCACAACAGCAUCUCCGAAGAAGGUGCCGCGGCGCUCUUAGAGCUUAUUGUUGGACCGCUUGGAGGAUAUGGCCUCCGAGGCGAGCAGACUCCGACAGCAGAUCUUGAAUGCCAGGAAUCGGUAAGCUUCCACACGAACACCGCGAAGCAAAUUGCACAAUAUCACUGUCGGUUGCAAGCGAUGCGCAGCAACAUUACAGCAGACAGAGAAGAGGCCAACCUUCUGCGACAGAACUGUCGCAAUGACGAUCGCAAGAAACAGAGCCAGCAGGCGCAGGCUAGGAAGCUCAAUCAAGAAGCUGAGCUGUGCAAAGCGCACAAGGCAAAGCUGGUUGUUGACGUGCAGACCGAGUCGGACAGAGUGGCUGCUCUCCGGGCAGCUGUGAAGACCUACGAGCAGCGCUUAAAGGAAGUGCUGGAGCGAAAGGUCUUGGCGGAGGCGGAGGUCAUGGCAGCCAAAAUGUCGCAAUCGGCGCAAAAGGAGCAGGAGGACGAGACGAGGAACUUCACAAUGCUCACAGGGAGCGACGAUGAGCAAGAGGAUGACAAUGAGGAGGAAGAAGCAAGAGUCCUGAACGAGCUGGAGCUGUCAUACGAAGGCCUUGAGUUGUCGUCGAUCAUGCCUAUCCCUGCAGCAGUGCGGUUGGCCACAGGCCACAUCUCACACCAAGACACGAUGUCGAAAGCAGACAUCCCCGAAACGGGCUUCCUGGAGCGAGAAGGCGUCGAGUUUGGCCGAUGGACACGGCCAUCUCCAAGUGGAAACGCAGAAUGGACGGAAGAAGAGCUGGAGGCGGAGUACGGCGAGCACCUCCGAAACUUGGAGAAAGUUCUCCUAGAGCUUCGCCAGGAGCAGGCAGAGCAAGCCGAGGAGCAACGCUGCCAGUCGCGGCUCGCCGCCCUCAAGCAGAAGAAGAGGGAGGAGGCCGCAGCGGCUGCAGCUGUUGCGGGAAAUCGUUCUCCGUGGAACAUUGGGAAGUGGAUGAGGAGGGAGAAGACCGAGGCCCCGACGCCAAAGGUGUCUGUGGUGUCCGGGUUCA